AUGAGCUCCACCCGUCCUAUGACAACUGCGUCAGCAGUUGUCAAUUCAUCUUCACCCACUGAGCACGGAAUUGCCAAGUCUCGUCAAUUGGAACCAUCGCCUUUACCCCUGCAACCUAUGGAGAAUGUCACAGACACGGGUUGUAUCUUGAACUUGCCACCCGCUCGCACGCACAAACCAUCGCCAACGAAGACACGUCGAGGGUCAGGUGUCUCACUGUCUGGAGGAGGAAAGCUGGGCUUCGUCUCUAUCACGGCCCCUGUUCCACCAUCAUUCCCUACUGAUUCUCCUACAAAGAAAACUCCUUCCAAUCCAUAUGCGUAUCCCGUUACGUCUACAAUGUCUAUGCCGCAGUCGGCUUUGUUCACGAUAUUUCCCAGCGUCAAUCCCGACAGGCUCUCAAGACAGAGUCAGCCCAUAGACGAGCCACCCAGUGAUAAUUUCGCGGAUUUUCCUGAGCCAUCAUUCCACUCCAGGGCUCAAUCGAAAAGGACGCUCAUGGAUGCGGCGCCAUUGAAGGAGCGGCCCGCGAAAAAGCCGAAACGCGAAGACACCAACUCGAUGCGUUUACCCGAGCCACACGAAAUGCCUCCUAUAGAAGACGACGGCGUGAAACCACCGUAUAGUUAUGCAACACUAAUCGGAAUGUCUAUUCUACGCGCACCAAAUAGGCGGCUAACCCUCGCACAGAUCUAUAGGUGGAUCUCAGACACGUUCUCAUAUUAUAAGAACAGUGAUCCUGGCUGGCAAAAUAGCAUCCGUCACAAUCUCAGUUUAAACAAGGCAUUCAUAAAGCAGGAACGGCCUAAGGAUGACCCAGGGAAAGGCAACUACUGGGCCAUUGAGCCUGGGAUGGAAGCGCAAUUUUUAAAAGACAAACCCUUUCGCCGUGCCACGAUGUCUAGUAUCCCCCUUCCGGCUGCUCCCCAAAGGGAGCUUACGCAUUCACAGAGCUCUGCCACGGCCACGUGGACAGUUCCACCGUCUACCUAUCCUCCUGUAGUGCCAAAGUCUUCGAAGAAUGUGGAUUUGUCCUCCGACGCGACACUACCUGCUUCGGACCCCGCCCUCCAGGAUGACACAGGUGAUGAAGGAGUGAACGGGCCUACUACGCAGACCCUCCCACCGCGGUCUUCUCCGCCGCAGACUAUACACUCAUCACCUCCAAUUGUGCCACCUCGGUUCAUCCGCCAGGGAACUCCGCCUACGCCAUCUCAGGGUGUUACGGCGACAGGGGUCGUUUCUCGCUCUAGAAAACGGAAGUCAACUGGCAUGAAUGAUAGCGGCUAUUUUUCUUCUUUGGAGUCUUCGGCAAUGCGACCAAACAAAGCUGGCCACAUACUAACUUCAGACUUGGAUAUUGAACCUCCUCGUAUCAAGCGUGGCCGUGCAGAAGAAGAGAUCGCUCGAAUUAGAAGUUCUUCUCACGACAUCAGUCCGGGUCAUUCUGGUACGCUGAAAGACGCUGGACUUAUUGUUGGCUCUUCGCCACUUCGCAGUGAAUAUGUUAGCAUGCUGCCGCCUCCCAUUACCCCUGUCAUAAAAUUCAAGAAGCCCGCAAAGCCCCCACCGUCGGUCUCCCCUAACACCAAUCUUCGAAACCACCGCAAGAAGAUUCAGCAGAUGGUCAAUUCCCCCAUUAAGCAUUUAGGCCUCACAGACGAAGAUUUACCAUGGAGCCCAGCGUUUAACAUUCAGGAUGAAACCUUUACGCCGAAUGAAAACCUCCACACUACCUUUGACGUAUUUGCGGACACUACCACGGAUAACAUUUCAACACCAGCAUAUGGUUCACCAGGAAAGCGUUCCGCGAAACGUUCACGGAGUGAUGCUAGUGGCUCGAACAGCGGUGUGCUUGCUGAUAUCACGACUAUGAGUGUGAACGGCCGUAUCGGCUUGCCUUCGUUUUCAUCUUCAAGCAAAACGAAAGGCCUUCUCUUUCCCGAUUCACCAUCGAAGGUCCCCGAUUCCGGGCGCUUUAUAGAUGCUACUCAUGAUGAUUUUUUCUCUUUCCACCUUUUUGAUGAGGGCCCCGGAGAGGUAGAUGGUGUUGAUCUUUUACAGGGGUUUCAAAAAAUCGGCAGCGGAAGCAAAGAAGAACCGUCGAAACCCAGACAGCAUGUGCCUAGGCCGCAGCUAAAUCAUCGGAGCAAUAUGUCACUAUUCUGA